AUGGGGUGCUUUCGCAUUACCGACGAGAUGCGAGCGCACAUGUUUGACAAUUUCAGCGAGCAGACGCUCCAGGCGAUGGCCGAUUUUGAGGAGUCGACUGUUGAUGAGGUGAAGGAGCGACUCCUGGAGUUCGCAGCUUCCCAUGGGCUCGACAGCCUUGACGGCCCCGGCGACAAGGUCAAUCGCAGCUCUCAGCUGGAUGGUGCUCCAAUGGAUCACAAGACACUCGAUGCCCCCCAGACCCCGACCAUGUCACCCGUGUUGCAGGACAGCGACGAUGACGACGACUCCAUCUUCGACGAUGGUGAAUCUGUCUUCACUCGAGCUUCGCCCGCAACCCCAUUCACCCCCGCGGCACUGAAAGUCACCGACAGCAGCUCGCCAGUGAAGCGAGGCAGAAACGAGUGCAACCAACUCAUGUGCCAGACCGAUGGCCCUGAUGAUAUCCCUGACUCUCACGAUUUCGUCCAGACUCCCUGCAGCGACGGAUUUGCGCUUGACGCCUACAACGAGCCCCUGAUUCGUCUGUUCGACCCAAAGAACAGCCUGAAGCACCGAGCGCUCGACAUGAAGUCUCUGGUUUCGUUCAACCCCGACAAGCAGGCCCUCCACCUUCAAGGUGUUGACCCCUCCACCGGACGUCUGCAAGCCGACCCCACCACGCUCGUCCUUGCCAUCGACAGCAUCGUCUAUGAGGGGCAGCAAGCCGGCGCUGCUGUCUUCUUCCACCCCAUGUCGCCCUGGAACACCGUCUCCUUGGUCGACGCGACCGAGAAGAAUGCGAAGCUCGAGGCCCUCUACAUCGCUCUCAGCAUGAUCAGCCUCGCCGCAGCCAACGACCCGAACCUGAAGACGGUGCUCAUCAAGUGUGCUGACAGGGACUUCUGCCUCGCGAACACUGCCCUCGACCAUCUGGAUGGAGACGAGGCCCGAAUUAGUCUCGAGUGGCUGAACGGAGCAAACAUGUCCACCUUCGGAGAGAUCGACGGCCUCUGGACAGACAUCACCCUGGGUUCCAAUGGCCAACGCGCCGUGGACGUGCGCCUCUGGUGCGUCCCGGAAGAGGACAUGCAGACUGUCCACGACAUGUCACUCGCCUACAUGUACAAGCAGUGCGGUCGCGACUGGUGGGCGGAGAACGGCAAGACACCGCCCGAGUACACGGUGCAAGCCCCCGACAGCCUGAUCUACCUGCAGCAGCACGAGAUCAUCGCGCCGGACCACAUCAUCAGCCAGGGACCACAGGCAGCCUCGCGGUGGAGGGCCGAGGCCGCGGCUCGGCUUGACCAGUGGAUCGCGCACAAGAAGCAGGCGACCGAGGCCUGCCGUGAGCUCAACAAGCAGCUUCGUGACGAUACGGGAAUGCUGCUGGGAGUUGAGCAGUUCCUCGAGGCUUAUGGCCUGGCGACUCGCUACCUGUCGGGGGACCCCCAGAGGCACAUUGACCAGUUCGCCGCGGAGCAGCGGGCCAUUCGGCUGACCAGCAAGCUGCAGGGCCGACAGAUGGUCAACUUCGGUGUUGUUAAUGGCGAGGGUGCUGAGAUUGGCGGUGAUGAUUGGGCCGAAACUCUCGUCCGGGAGGUCCUCGACAUGGACUGGGAGAUGUACUGA